GAAAUGUGUGGUAAUAUGGAAAUGGUCUAUAAUCAACUUAAUCUUUUGAAUUCACCAGUUGAUGAUUAUUUAAAAAUUAUUUUUGAUAAUAUUAAUAAUAAGCUGGAUAAAUAUGAAAAAAAUAUUAACGAAUGCCGUGCGACAUUCGAAAUGACCAAACUUCAACUUAAUAGAGUGCGAAUGGGCAGGACACCAGCUUAUAGUAAACAACCACAACAAUGUUCUGAAUGUGAAAAGCCAUAUGUAUAUAUAAAAUGGUGCGUGUUCUGCGAUCGUAAACAGUUUCAACAAAAAUUUAGGGCAAGUGGCAAUUUAGAGAUCGACAAGUUCCUAAAUGAUUCACAACAAUCAAUCACUUAUCCUAAUGGAUAUGUGCUUAAUGAUUCUACAAAUAUACGUCAAGACUUUUUCGAUGAAGUAAGCUAUGGGGUACUUCGUUGUUAUGGAAUAUCAAAAGAACCUAAUACUGGAAAUUGUGUUAUUGUCUUUCCUUUAGCUCACGGAGGCGACUUAAGGAAAUAUUUGAAAAAAAGGGCUUCGAAUUUGAAUUGGGUAAAAAGAUUAGAGAUUCUUCGCUUCACAUUAUAUGGAUUAGUCGAGAUCCAUAAAAAGGGAAUGAUUCACCGUGAUAUUCAUCCUGGCAACCUUCUUCAUUAUCGGAGAACGAUUUCUGUAUCUGAUUUAGGUUUUACUCGUCCAGUAAAUGAUAUUGGAACAUCACUAUAUCAAGAAGUGUUGGGUUGGCUCAAUAAAUUUGAUAAUGAUCCUGAUUCAGAAAUAGUGAAACAAUUUGAAAAAAAUCAAUUAUGCCCAUUGGAUAAUACUUAUUCUUUUUCGGCUAAAAGCGUGAGCAAAAUUAUAGAAAAUGAUGAGAAAGAACCAGGUAUUUCGGAGCAUAAAAAUGUUCGACUUAAAAUUAUGAACGAUUUUUCCGGAGAAAAUGUGCAAUCAAUUGUUUCAAAAUAUAAAUUGCCUCGAUUUACGACUGAAAAACUAGAAAUGAAUGAUAACAUUAAGAAUACAAAUUGUGAAAAGCAAAUCUCAUCAAUUAAACAAUCUGUACAAUCAACUACCAAAUCGCAUCAAAUUUUCAUGUUGAAUCAUGUAAGUUUUUACAUAGCAGAUUAG